GGCUGGGCGAAAGCGCCGCUGCCGAGCUGGCUGGUUCCACAAGUUUUGACAGUUUGAGGGGGGGAGAGAGAGGUGGCCGGGAAGGGAGCGCCGCCGCCGCCGCCGCUACUCUCCUCAGCCGGCCGGGCUCGGUGGAGGACGACGGCGAGCAAGGGCGGCCGCGGAGGGACGCGGAGGGGGGCCGGCCUUCGCAGGAGAAGCGCCGUCCUGAGGGUGUUGGCAGAAAGUUCUUCCCGGCGCCUCUGAGCGUCCCUUUUUCAGUUUUAUUUUUUGGUUCCCUCCCCUCCCCCAAAGAUGUCCCGGGACCCAGAAGAAGUGAACAAAUUGACCGAGAGCACCUAUAAAAAUGUGAUGGAACAAUUCAACCCAGGGCUGCGGAACUUAAUAAACCUGGGGAAAAACUAUGAAAAAACAGUUAACGCCAUGAUUCUUGCGGGAAGAGCUUACUAUGAUGGUGUUGCAAAAAUAGGAGACAUAGCAGUCGCAUCGCCAGUAUCUAAAGAAUUGGGUCAUGUUCUCAUAGAAAUUUCUAUUGCACAGAAAAAACUCAACGACAGACUAGAUGAAAGUUUCAAGAAGUUCCACAAAGAGAUUAUAUCUGAGCUGGAAAAGAAAACUGAACUGGAUGUUAAAUACAUGAAUGCUACUUUGAAGAGGUACCAAAACGAACACAGAAGCAAACUGGAUUCUUUGGAAAAAUCACAGGCCGAGCUGAAGAAGAUCCGAAGGAAAAGUCAAGGGGGAAGAAAUGCCACAAAAUAUGAGCAUAAAGAAACAGAGUAUUUGGAAACGGUGAGUUCCCGCCAGAGUGAUAUUCAAAGAUUUAUUGCUGAAGGCUGCAGAGAAGCUCUACUUGAAGAGAAAAAAAGAUUCUGUUUUCUGGUGGACAAACACUGCAGUUUUGCUCAGCACAUGAAGUAUUACCACGUAGAGUGUAUGGACUUACUGAACUCCAAGUUGCCUGGGUGGUUGGAAACGUGUAGCGAUGCCACCAAAGUGCCAGAGAAGAUUAUGACUAUGAUUGAAGAGAUAAAGACACCCGUCUCCACUCCAGUUUCAGGAACUCCUAUGCCUUCACCGAUGAUCGAGAGAAACAGCAUGGUUGGAAAUGAUUAUGAAUCGCUUCAUAGGAAUUCCCCCCAAGUCCCUCCUGCACCUACCGUCAGAGCCUAUACAAGUCCCUUAGUUGAUAUGUUUAACAACCCAGCGGCUCCGAAGGCACCAUCAGAGAGAUUAAAUCAUUCAACAAAUCACACAGAUGAUUCCAGUUUAUCACGAUCAACUUCUGUGGCCACAGGACUCAACAUAAUGAAAAGGCAGAAAGUUAAAACCAUCUUUCCUCAUACCGCUGGGAGUAACAAAACCUUGCUUAGUUUUGCACAAGGUGACACCAUCACACUGCUUGUAUCAGAGGAAAGGGAUGGUUGGCUGUACGGAGAGCACGACGUGACUAAAGUAAAAGGUUGGUUCCCAUCAUCCUACACAAAGCCAUUAGAAGAACCAGCUGAAGAGACAGUUAGUGUGCCAGUCCCAAGAUCCAUAACGAUUUCCCCCCUCUUUAGCCCUGCACCUGUCCGAAGCAUCAGCUCAGUAAACUUGACAGAGAGAGGUGGGGUCGUCCUUCCCCCACCAGAUUAUCUGAUACCUGGGCAAAUAGGAACAAGACUGGAGUCUUCUAAAACGACGACUGCGGUUAAAACACCAGUGGCCAAACCAGAUAGCACAGCUCCUAAGCCUGACAUGAACGGCAUUGUAAAACCACCUUUCCUAAGUGGAGAAAAUCCAUUUGCCACCGUGAAGCUCCGACCGACAGUAACCAACGACCGAUCAGCACCGAUACUUCGAUGAGCAACAUUAGCUGGAUUUUUUUUUUACUCCCCUCCUUGUGAAUGCUGUUUUCAGCAAUAUCAUUUUCAGAGGCUGUCUAAAAGUUUUUAAAACCUUAUUUAAGCAUAAUUAAUGUGUAUGGUAGCAAAAAGUUGCAAAGGACUUCACUUGAAAAAAAAAAUUGCUUCCUGACAUCAGCUAAGUAUUGCCUUGGGUUAAGAUGCUUGAAAAUUGUCUUGAUUUGUACAGCGUGCCUUGGUUAGGAAGACAGAAUCAUGAAAAUAAGGGGACGCUUCAGUACUGUCAUUGCCACCAUAAUUAAUCCUUGAAAAAUACUCCUCUAGGCCCGUUGUAUGGUUAAUUCUAUGGGUAAGUUCUAAUUAUUUAAGUUUGCUUGUACCGUUUACUUAGACCCGUGCUCUGCUUGAGCUGAUUUUUAAAUAGAGAAGCCAGCUAAGGAUUGCCUUAACAAUUCAACAAUAGAAUAUCAUGUACAGUAAUACAUUUCAUAUCACUUAAGUCAUAUUCAUAUUAGCCGUCGGUACAGAGGUCUUAGGAUGCAGUAAGAAUAAAAUAUUUAUCUUCCAAAUACUCAUAGCAAUGUAAUAUUUUUCUCCAAGACUGUCUUUCGGUAGGUUUAGAGCACUACCUCCUGCAAGAGAGAAAAAUCACUGUAAAAAAACACUAGGCAACAUUGUGUGUCAUUGGAUCAGCUUUUGUGGCUGUAUCAUUAUGCAUACUUUCAUGCUACAGGAUGGGUGGGGGGCGGUUCUACAUUUCCAAAGGCUGCAUGCUGCUGUGCCUGUAAAAGUUGCUCCUAAGUGGGAAACCUUACCGAUGUCUCGCUUACAAAUCGUGGGAGGGAAAUUGGCAACAUUCAUCGUGGCAUUGACCUGCUUAGGUUUCAUGCAACAUCGAAACAUGGCUGAUUCUUAAUUAACACUCAAAAUGUUCCCUGAAAAUAUUAAGAUAUAAACAACAGGGCUGUAGGGAGAAGGAGAGAAUCUAGAAGGUAUGUAACUUUUGUGAAUUACUCAGUGUGGGGCGAGGGAGAGAACUUCUAAAUAAAGCCAUAUGUUGAGGCUUG